ACCACAGCAGACAACGCCGUCCAUCCCGCCCACCAUGGACCACGAAAAGGCCGUCCCUCUCGAUGAGAAGGCCGUCCACGCCCCAGCCAUGUCGGUUGGUGAGCAGCCCGCCGAAUGGCGCGAACAGGAGGACUUCAUGACCCGCAACGGUCUGAACCUCAAGUCUUUCCAGCGCCGUCCCCAGAGCGGUCCCAUGGUCGUGCUCGACAAGUCCAUGAAGACACGUCACUUGCACAUGAUUGCCAUUGGUGGCUCCAUUGGUGCUGGUUUCUUCGUCGGUUCUGGAGGCGCCUUCAACAAGGGUGGCCCCGCUUCUGUCCUCAUUGAUUUCUCGCUCAUGGGAAUCAUGAUCUUCAACGUCGUCUACGCUCUUGGUGAACUCGCUGUCAUGUACCCGGUCUCUGGUGGUUUCUACACUUACUCUACUCGCUUCAUCGAUCCAUCCUGGGGUUUCGCCAUGGGCUGGAACUACGUCUUUCAAUGGGCCAUUGUCUUACCGCUUGAACUCAACGUCGCCGCCAUCACAGUGCAUUAUUGGCCCGGCGCCCAAGGGACGAGCGUUGCCGUGUUCAUGACCGUCUUCUGGGUUUUCAUCAUUGUCAUCAACUUGUUCGGAACUCUGGAAUUCUGGUCAUCGUGCCUCAAGCUUGCUGCUACCGUCAUCUUCAUGAUCAUCGCCCUCAUCCUAGUCUGCGGUGGAGGCCCCAGCAACGGUUUGAACGGUUUCAAGGGUUUCUGUACUGUCUUCGUCACCGCCGCUUUCUCCUUCUCUGGAACUGAGUUGGUCGGUCUGGCUGCUGCCGAGACUGCCAACCCCCUGAAGUCUCUCCCCGGUGCCAUUCGUCAGGUCUUCUGGCGUGUUACCCUUUUCUACAUCCUUGGUCUUACUUUCGUUGGUCUGCUCGUCAGGUCCGACGAUGAGCGUCUGCUCGGAGCCACUGGAGGCGGUUCCAACACCUCGCCCUUCGUCAUUGCCGCUAAGGAUGCUGGCCUCAUCGGUUUCGACAGCUUCAUGAACGUGGUCAUUCUCGUCUCCGUCGUCUCCAUUGGUGUCUCCGGUAUCUACGGUGGUUCGCGUACCCUCACUGCGCUCGCUGACCAGGGCUACGCGCCCAAGAUCUUCACCUACAUUGAUCGAUCCGGUCGUCCUCUCUGGUCUGUCAUCUUCGUUCUCGCAUGGGGUGCUCUCUGCUACAUGAACUUGGCUGCUACCGGUGUCACCAUCUUCAACUGGUUCGUCGCUCUAUCGGGUCUUGCUGCUCUCUUCACUUGGGGCUCCAUCUGCCUUGCCCAUAUCCGUUUCCGCAAGGCUUGGGCUUACCACGGCCACACCCUCGACGAGAUCCCAUUCAGGGCCGCCGGUGGUGUCUACGGAUCUUGGGUUGGUCUUUUCAUCAUCAUCAUUGUCCUCAUCGCUCAGUUCUACACUGCCAUCUCCCCCAUUGGCACCAGGGUCGGUACCGCCUCUGACUUCUUCUCCGCCUACCUUGCCGUCUUCGUCGUCGCUGCCUUCUGGGUUGCUGGCUACUUCUGGAAGCGCGAGGGAUGGCUCCGAACUGCCCAGAUGGACGUCGACACUGGUCGCCGUGAGCUCGACUGGGACCUCAUCAACAAGGAGCGCGAGGAGAUCAAGUCCUGGCCCGCCUGGAAACGCACCCUGAACCGCAUGUUCUAGAUGUGCGCUACGACCUUUCUUGUUCGUUGUACAUCUUGAGCUUGUGUUUCGUGCGACUGCAGCGUUGCGCUUCGAAUAUACCCGUCGUGCAUGUCCAAAGAUUUUGAAUAGCUAUAUACAUGGCUAUAACUAGUUAAUUAUACCGUUCGCUUAAAAGUGUGUCCUCAC